ACAAAUUACUAAGCUGGUGUAUCUUUUACACGUUAUAUUUUUAUUAGAUUAUCUCUACUAUGAUAGUUCUGUAUGAUAUUAAUACCUAACUUUCAAUUUUUUAAUUAUUAUUAUACAAUUUAAGAUUAACAAUGUAAAGUAAAACUUCAACGAUACUUAAUUAAUUAUGUGAUACUGAAGUACACUAGUCGUGUAAAAAACAUCGAAACUAUAAUUUAAUGGUGUCCAAAUCAAAAAGGCUAUUCAUUUUGUUGAAAAUUUCAAUGUUUUCAUCUAAUGGUGUUUGCUGCAGCUUUAUUGUUCAUAUUUCUGGUUUGUGGGGGUGUAACAAAAUUUCAAGACACUAAUAUACGUCCUGGAGAAUUAACAUCAUCUGCCAUUGAUUAUUUUUUAUGUCGAAUUUGUGGAAAUGAUUUGUCUCCGGUGUCAACGCUUAUGCAUAUUGAUUGUCCGGCUUCAUUGAAAUCUCGUACUACUCAUCAGUUUGGAAUUAAAGAUAUUAGAAUUCACACUGUUCAAAACUCAUUGCAUUUAAAGUUUGAUGUAAUUAUUUUAAAAAAGGCAUUUUGUAUUGGUAAAGGCAAUUGGCAGUCUGAUUUUUCUUGGUUCCCUGGUUAUGUUUGGAAAGUUUGUGUUUGUGCUCAUUGUGGACAACAUAUUGGAUGGAUGUUUGAACCUUUACAUUUAGCAACAAAAGAUAAAAUUUACCCCUCUAAAGAAGGUUUUUAUGCUACUAUUGUUUCUAGUAUUGUUAAUGAAAUUUAUGCAGAUUCUUUGAUUGUGGUACCGAAACAUUUUACUGCGCGUUCUUUAACUAGUGAUAAAUUAAAUUAAAAAUGUCAAUAUCAGGUACUAAUGAACAUACAGCUACAAAAUUUGAAGUUGAAAUCAAAGAUGGUAUUACAGUGGUAACAAUUCCACCUGUUAUUGAUAAUCCCUUAUCAGAAGAUCAAGAAGAUGAACUAAACAAACUAGAAGAAAUGUUUAGUUUUCGUUAUACAGAUAGAGAUGAUGAAUAUGUAGCUAAUGAAGUUGUACUAAAAGAAGAUAUCACUAAUCCACCUAUAAUAGAGUCUUAUAGACCUUUUUGGAACCAACAAAAUAAUGAAAGAAGAGGCAUUAAAAGAGGGUGGUCUGACAAUAGAACCGAUAAUAAUUACAGACAGCCAUAUCAUUCAUAUGGAAAUAAAAGGUUACAAAAUAAUCAUAGUUAUGAUUACAAUAAAAGAUAGAUAACACAAAAAAAAUAAUAUUUUAAGUAUUUUACCCAAAUUAUAAUCCAUAUAAAUUUUGGAAAUCAUUUAUAUUAUAUCAUUCAAUGUAUACUAUUAUGUUUAGUAAAGAUUAUUAUUAAACAAU